AUGGCACAAGCUGACCAACCAAAACAAUUACAAAUUUACUAUGACCAGUCGGACACCCUAAGCCAACCGAAUGAAUUAUUACAACUCAACCAAUUGGUGAAUAGAGUGCGGCAGAAUUUUACUCCAAAUGACUCUAAUAAACGGUAUCUCAUUUCAUUGGCAGGUGUGCCCGGCGCAGGCAAGACAACGUUUGCAACAGCGAUGACGAACAUAUUAAGCAAAGAGGUUGCCAAGACUUUGAUACUUUCGCAAGAUGGCUUCCAUUUGUAUCGAUCAGAACUUGAGGCAAUGCCCAAUUCUGCCGAAGCCAUUAGAAGAAGAGGCGCGCCUUUCACGUUCAAUGCUGCUGCAUUUGUCAAACUCGUUGAAAGAUUACAUGAUAAAACUGUUGAGCUCAAAGCACCUUCGUUUGACCAUAAAGUUAAGGAUCCCGUACAGGAUGAUAUAACUAUAGGCACAGAUGUGUCCAUAGUGAUCAUUGAGGGAAACUAUGUCUCGUUGAAAGAUGAUAUUUGGAACAGAAUAGGCGAGUUGGCCGAUGAUACAUGGUUCAUUACAACACCCGAGCAAUUGGUAAGGGCAAGGAUUAUAAAGCGACACUUAGAAGCUGGAAUUGCCAAGAACGAACAAGAGGCUAUCGAAAGAGCCGAUGGAAGCGACUUGCAGAAUGCAAAGUACAUUUUGGAGAAUUCCAACUCAACAAAUGUAAUAAUUGUAUCGCGAGAAACUUGA